UAAACCUAAAGUUACACAUCCUUCUAGCGCUGGGGUCGGUGAAAGAGUAGCAAAACCCCAACGGCGAGGCAACACGUCGAAAACUAUGCCGAAAAAAUACGUGUACAACCGCGAAACGAUAGAGAUUCUUGAAUCCUUGUGGGCGCAGGGAAUGCAGAACUGCAGCACCAACGAGAACAAGCUGAAAAUCCAGGAGGCAGCUGUGGCAACAGGCCUUGUGGACGAGAGAAUAAAGGUCUGGAUAUACCACAGGAACAGAAAGAAGAGGAAGGAAGAUCGGGGGCUGACAAAAAGAAAACAGUUGUGUCCUUCCAUGGCAAAGGCAAGCAUUUCUCCUAAAGAUGUAACACAUAAUGUUGCAGGGAUGAUGAGUGAAGUUGUUGCUGAAGAGGUGGACUCGAAACGCACAAGUAGGCCGGGACAGAAAGAGCCUGAGCGGGACACGUCACUGGUGGAGGAGACAAACCAAGCCACAACGGAUCUGCCUCUGGAGGGCGAAGACAAAGACAGUCAGCAAGAAACAGCUGCCCAUCUAAUACAAAGUGUUGAAGAUAAGAUUCAGGAGCUCCAGGCGUGCAACUGCGAGGUUAUUUUCAUGGUCUACAACCACAGCAGUGGGUUCCUGUCCACCACGGGCACGGUGAAAGGAUUAGACUUCCUGAACUCUCAGAAUCCAGGCAUUCACUUGCAGUUUGCAGCAACUGUGUCAAACUCUCCCUCCUAUGACAACACUUUAACCUGACUGACCUGCUUGAGUACUUGAUUUUGAUGGGCUCUGUAGCAUCCAUUAUUUUCCUAUACAGUAGCUGGAUAUGUCUGACGUGGCUGUUUUAUCACCAUCCGAAGUUGCAGAUGUUUUUCAUGCAUUUCAUUUCACAGAAACUGUACACCGCAAAAUAAUUGAUGGCUCUGAAAGAUUUAAUGUUCCAUUUUUGCAAUGGAGAUGUGAGCAAUCAACUCACGGAGACAGUGGUCCUGAGAAUGCGUUUGCUCAGGUCAAAUGCAACAUGGGAAGAGGUGUGUGUGGGCCUUAAAAUGUAUAAGGUUCCCAAAGUGACAAGGAUUAUCUUUUCACCAUGCAGUGAAAAGCGAUGAUGGGUUGUGGCAUAAAAAGGUAAUGGUAACGGUUCCUGUCUGUUGAGGAAAACUAAGCACUGAGAAGUCUCUGACCUGCUAGUGAACGAGGAGGGUGAACAAGGAGCGGACAGCCACAUCAUCAGAGCCUGGACUGAAGCGUAGAAAAUCCCCACGGAGCUCGUCUUCAGGACAUCACUGUCUUCUCUCCACACACCUCUGUAGUCCUUCAGGGCAUCAGAGUGGUAAAUGUAGGGGUUAUGGCUUUGUUAGCUCAAACAAAUGUAGAUCCUCUCUGUACUGUGCACAUGCAGCAUAGCAACAAUAUGUGCUUGUAAUAAAAAGCAUACCUUGACAAUUUGAA